UUUGAAGCUGAGUUUCGAAGGUUUUCUUUAAAAAGAGAUCUGCUUAAAAAGUAUGAAGAGUUCUAUAACCUAAUUGAAAACACACAUUGUUUAAAGAAAGAAACUUUUUCAAUAUUUUAUCGACAUCCUCAUGAUGGUGAUCUUUUACCUAUAAAUAAUACAGAAAACUUCAUGCAUGCCCUAAGUUUAUCUUUGCCUCUUCUGAGAUUAUUUGUGCAACGAGGAGAUAUGUCUGAACUUGUAAAUAAGUUCAAUCAAAGUAAGCGUGGUCUGGGUUUUAAUCCAUCAACAAUGGUGGUAAACAAAAAAUUACAGAUUAGUGUUCCGAAAGAUUUCAGAAGAGUGUCUGCUAUUAUUGACGCUGACAUUUUACCAGAUAGUGUACGACGUGUGAGACUGUGCAAACACAAUUCUGACAAACCUCUAGGUUUCUAUAUUCGAGAUGGCACAAGUAUUCGAGUUACUGCAGAUGGACUAGAAAAAGUACCUGGAAUAUUUAUUUCUCGCUUAGUUCCAGGAGGUUUAGCUGAAAGCACAGGAUUGCUAUCUGUAAAUGAUGAGGUUUUAGAAGUCAAUGGCAUUGAAGUUACAUCUAAAAGUUUGGACCAAGUCACUGAAAUGAUGGUGGCUAAUAGUCAUAAUUUAAUAGUUACUGUCAAACCUGUUGAUCAGACUUAUACAAGUACAAAACAUAGUAAAGAGGGUGAUUCUGACUAUAAAGGGGGAUCCAUUGGGGUCAAGCCUCAUUCUGGUACACAUUUAGUACCACCUGAAAUGGAUGUUAUUAAUUCUGAUGAUGAAGAUGAACCUGUUGUCAGCUAUGAUGGAGUAAUACAUGUGUGAUGAUAAUUUAGAUGUUUUUUUUUUUAGUUUUUAUUUUAGCACAAUAAAUUAUAGAAAAGUUUUAACCUAAAGCUGAACCUGAAAUUCUAAUGCACUUUUUUUUAUUUUAUAAACCAAAAGCUUUGUAUGCUACAUUUUCCUUCAAGAUUCGUUUACAUAAUAUAAAAAGUUGUCAUUUACUUUAUUUUUUGGUUUUUUGUUAUGUUUCUUAUCCAAAGUUUUAAUAAUAGGGUUUCUGAUUUUUUUUUCGAACUACAUUUUGUAUUUUUUGUAUAAAAUUUUUGUUGAAAAAUAUUUAACAUAUUUUAUAUAAAAAUAAUUGAGUGAUUAGUGUUCAGUUUUUGUAGGUUAUAUUCAUUCACACAAUUUGUAUAUGAAUUUAUGAAUUUAUUUUUUUACGAUAUAUAAUGGUUGAAAUAUGUGAUUUUUAGUGGGUUAUAUAUAAAUUAAUAUUUAUCAACCCUUUUUUCAUUAUGAAAACAAUAUAGAAAUAAUAGAAAGCCAAAAUCAUAAAAUAUUAUUUUACUCACUUUGUUUACUAAAGUUUAUUAUUUAACAAUAACAAGCUACAACAGUUUUUAACUAGAUCUUGCAAAGUUUUAUGUGUUUUAUUUAUGAAUUUGUAAUUGUUCAUUAUUUGUGUCAUGAAUAUUUUUUUUAUAAAUAUUGCUAACAACUCUUGUAUAAAUAUUAUAUAGCAAUUGUAUAUAAGUUACACUUUUAGUA